GUUAAGUUUCGUUUCCAGACUCUCAGCUGGAGGCGGACAACAAACAUCUCGUGACAGGCUGUUAGAAAUAGAUUCUGGAUUCGCACUCCAACUUACAUCGUCCACCAGAAGGUUUUAUAAUUCGUUUAGAGCACCAGCAUCAUGGGGAGAUCGACAGAAUGGCUUCCUUCUUUGUGGCUGGACACUUUUGAUGACCUGCUGUAUGAUGAACUUGAGUAUGACCAUGGAGACCAGUGGACUCUCAACUUCAGCUACAGUCAGACAGACACUGUCACCAAAGAGGAGAGGAAGAGAGGCUGGAAGGUUUACUGCCAUCGUGCCUAUGGAAAUUUCCAGUGUGCAUCCUGCUACAAGAUCUGGCCUUCUGCACGUGUGGUGGUGUUGUUUCGUUACCGGCUGCGGAGCGACCAAGGCCGAGGGACGGUGAUCAUGCGGCCUUUUGGACAGUCCUGUCGUAGCUGCAACAAUGAUGUGUUUGAGCUUUGUGGUUUUUCCAAGAAAGAGGUGGAGCAUGCCUUGCUCCGGCUGUUUUCCAAAAUUCGCAAGAAUUGCUAUGAUGAAGAAGAGGAGGAUGAUGACUCAUCUGCGUGUUCUACCAGAGUGUGGACCAAACCACAUGAGAAGAGCCUGUGUGAGGCCUGCAUUCAGGGCAUCUGCAGUCAGGAUGAAUAGAAAUGUGAAUGUUAGGGGUCUAAUGUUUAUUUUUCUGGAACACAAUAAGUUUAAUUAUCAGGACCAAUAAUUAAUUUCUUACUGAUAAUAUAUCCUUUAUAUCUUUUUUGUAUAGCACUUCAUGCAUCAUAUGCAGCUUUGUUUACUGUUAAUUAAAGGCUCAAAAAUAUAUCUUC